UCUCCUCCCUCAGAGCCCGUUCCCCUAAACAGAAAGGGAUACAGAUUCCGACGACGAUGGCUCCGAUGCCGAGAGCCGUGAGGGCGUUGCGGACCCUAAGGCUCCUCCGGGCCACAUCCACCCCGGGCUUGGAAGCCAGCCCCGCCGGAGCCCCCGCCCGGGCCAUCUCCCACUGCCUCCGGACGCUCCCCGCCGGAGGACCCCGCGGAGGACCUCCUCCUGCUCCUCCCUCAGACACCGGCGCCGACAUCUUCCCUAGUCGCGACGGCUCUGCUCGAACGCGUGACCUACUGAGCGAAGUGCGUCGUUGUGGAAGCGGCGGCCAUUUUGGACGAAGCCGGAAGUGGCUUCUUGAGACGCUUCUUCCGCCAUCUUUGAUGAGGGCGAAUGUACAGCUUCCUCAAGGCGGCAAACAACAUUUAAAAGAACCUUCACUUAAAACAGGUGUUGGCAGAACCGCUGAGAUGGACUCACCUGCUCAGGUGGCAUCCAGGUACCGAUCUUCUGAGCCUAUCUUUGGAGUAGUGGCUCCUGGGAUUAUACAAGAUGCCUUGCUUCACAUGGCCAGGGAGAAUGAGCAGUAUUUGAGUGAGCUCUCCAGUGAGGCAGGCUCUUUCAAGGAGACCAAGAUAGUGGAAUUUGUAUUUCUCUUAUCUGAAAAAUGGAGCCUGACUGAAACUGUAAGAUACCAAGCAAUAGAAAUAUUUGAAAGGUUCAUGCUCACACUUACUGAAGAGUUUUCCAAUUGCAACAGAGCAAAGGGAGAAGAUAACACUUGGGCCUCAGUGAAACAGCAAAUUGAGGACACAUAUGUGCUGCGUCUUGUGUCUUCUAUCCAACUUGCCAGCAAGCUCUCUUUCCACUACAGAAUUGUUAAUAACAACAUGGUUUUGAAGUUUCUGAAGUCCUUGGGUUUCUCUUAUACAACAGAAGAACUGCUGGAAUCUGAACUGGCUAUCCUGAAGGGUUUGCAUUUUCAGAUCAAUGUUCCAUUCCCUUUUGCUUAUGUCGAAAUGCUCCUGGAGGUUUUAGGAUACAAUGGUUACUUGCGUCCCACAAAAGAGCUACAGGAAAUGUGCAGAUAUUUGCUGAGCUUAACAUACCUCUUGCGCAGCAGUAUUUAUGACACUUUGCUGAAGUCUUCAAUUGAAAACUCAUCUCCAAGUGAACUCCAGCUAGCCAAGUUUGUAUCUGUAAAAGAAGAUUUUAUGCUACUGGCUGUGGGAGUCAUUGGUGCAAGCUCUUUCCUGCUGAACCCUGAGGGCUGGAAUCAGGUUGUGGAGCACCUCAGUGAAACCACAGGCAUCAGUCUACAGAGCAUUGUUGAGGCAGUCUAUGCAAUUCUGAAGCACAGCAUUGAGGACUGCUAGAAUUCCCCCUUUCUCCCCGAGGCUGAAGGCCUGCACAUCCAGCAAUAUGUUGUUAGAUAUAAUUAUUUCUGCAUUCACAGGGUUAAGUUUUAUGUUAAUUCUUUGUGAUGGGGCAAGGUAGAUAUUUUAAAUAAAGGCAUCUCUGCUCCUGUCCAUAGCUAAGGGUCAGAUUUAUUUUUGUAAGCAGUGGUGAAGAGUUAUGAGUGCUUGAGGGGAAAACACACUACAUCUGAGAUAUGAGAAGUCCUCCUUCUGAAAGCCUUGCCAAAGGCAGAAGUCUCAAUAUGGAUGGAUUAAUUCAUUUAUAAGGGAAGAAAAAUGAAUAUUUCCAUGUCUGUUCCUUAUGAAUAAAGAGACUGUGUUAAUAAA